UUUAGUUUUUUAAUUCAAGGGUUAAAAAGACAAAAUGUAUAGUGCAUUAAUGGAAGUCGGUGAUCCUGAUAUAAAUGAAGAAAGAGUGAUUCAACCAGCUGAGUUUUACUUUUCUAAACAGUUUAUAAAAACCACCAAAACACGACUAAAAAAUGGUAAACAUACACUUGAUAUUUCAAAACUCGACUGCGACAACGAAUAUGUGAAUUACAACAAUUAUUUGAGUGAUAUGUUGCAGUAUUGGAUAGAGGAUUACGAUUUUCAUGAACAAGAACUAGUUUUCAAUCGAUUUCCACAAUUUUUCAUUUUUAUUGACGGCUUAAGAAUUCACUAUAUUCAUGUAAAACCAAAUAAUCCGAAGAAAAAGCCAGUUUAUCCAUUAUUACUGUUACACGGAUGGCCAAGCAGUGUAUUAGAAUUUUAUGAUAUCAUACCGCACUUGGUUAAAGCAACAGACAUAAACGAUUUUAUAUUCGAGGUGAUAAUACCUUCCUUGCCUGGAUUUGGUGGCUCAGACUGUCCCUCACACGAAAACCUUAAUUGUGAAUUUAUAGCUGGACUUUUAGUAAAAUUUAUGAAAGUACUUGGCUUUAACGGAUUUUAUGUUCACUGUGACGACUGGUGUGUUUUGGUCGUCCAGGCAAUGUCAAUGAAAUAUUCUGACAAUUUACUGGCUAUAAGUUACACUCUAUGUCAAGUAGAAAAUUUUUCUGAUUUAUCGCUCUAUAUAGCAACUAAACUUAUGAACAUUCGUGAAGCACGCGAACAAUCAAACUUAAAAAACGAAUGUUAUUAUUCUCCCACUUCAUCAUGUACACUCACACUUGGAAUGAGCUUACAACAUUCACCUGUUAUCUUAAUGAUAUAUCUUUUUGAAAAAUUUGUAAAGGAUGCAGUUCAUUCUGAUACUCUUAAAAUCCUAGAAAAUUAUCAAUAUCUUCAAUUUCUUAAUAAUGUAAUGAUGUACUGGGCGACGAACAGCAUAACUAACACUUUAAAAGCCUAUUCGGGAUAUUUCACAUUUAGCGAAGAUGUUGACGAAAACAAGAUAUCACAAUCUCUAAGUAACAUCUAUACAAGAGUGAGCUUAUUUCUUCCUGAACUUUUAAGACAUCACGUUCUCUGUGGUAAUCAAUUUACCGUUAACGGUUAUCGAUUUCCGGCGAUAGAAGAUUCUUAUACUCUCAUGACUGUUAUUUUUAACGUUUUCAAAGAUUUUUUUGAUUCUUCAAUGAACGUUACUGGGUCUAGAUUAAUGACUGAGGCUAGAUUAAGAAGAUCGAUAUGGCAACAUUGAAUGGUAACAUAAUGUUGAAAUAAUUUGCAUUAUUAUUAUCUAAAUACAAAUGCCAGAUAGUAUGUAUGGUUGAUCUAUAAUAUCAACAAUCGCCUUUAGUUUAAACGUACCUCAAGAUACUAGUACUUUUGAAAACAUACACAACAUGUACACAACAACUAAAACCUGCGAAUUAAGAAAUGAUGCAAACGAGAAAACAUUUAUUAAUACUUAACAACUAUACAAAUCGCACAGAUCAAAAUUGUACACUGGCUCUCUAGUAUUUAACAGUAAAAGAAAUAAUAAGGCUACUAAGAACCAAAAAUCGAAUUUAAUUGGAAUCAUAAUGUAUAUAAUUUUUACACUUUUAAUGAAAAACAU